GAGCCGCUGCAACACCCAAAACCCUAAACCUUGUCGCACAGGGACAUCCAUAUCACGUGAUAACGAAUGAAUCAAUGCUGUGCAUCGUGCAUCAGUGCCUUCCACUCGAUUUCACUAAAAUACAAAAUUGUAUAUGUUCUAAUAAUGGAAGACUCAUAUUCACGCACCGAAGAAGAAACUCGAAGACUUUUACGGCAACGUAAAAAGCCACGCACGAGAACGAGUUGCUAUCCUUGCCGAACAAGAAAGGUUAAAUGUGAUAAAGCUUCUCCGUGUGAGAACUGUGCGAUUAGAGGUUAUCCAGAGCUUUGCAAAUAUGCAGAUGAAUCUGGACCCAGUAUCACGCCGUCUGGAACAUCCAUACAAAGGCAAGGUGCUUCACAAUCAGGAGAUCAACACCCACAAACGGCGAGACCUCAAUUACAGCAGGAUGUCAACACACAGAGGAAUACAGAAUUUGGCACCCCUUUAACACAUUCGAGCUCAAACUUUCUGCCGGAUUUGACUACAGAUCCCAAUGUAGUAGCUUACUCCGCGGAUCUUGUUGAUAUAAGGCAUUUGGAACCAGAAAACGGCGUUGAGACCGAGGAUGUGCCACGGCAGGCAGAAGAUAGGAGACCGUUUCUUGGGAUGAAUUCCGUGCCAAAUUUUCUUCGAGAUCAGGCUCAUUCGGGUCAGUCUCCUCAAAACACUACUACGGAGGUAAUUGAUUCUGCAGUCAUGCCAUUGCUUGGCCUCAGUAGUGCGAGGUCCAAGUCCACCUAUCCCUUCUUCCAGCCACCCGGAUCAAUACCAAACGAAGCCAAUGGAGACAUCCGACAAGCCUUGCCAUCGAAUAUUGAAGUUUUUAGAUUGUUCGAAUGUCAUAGACUUCAUUCUCACCCCUUUACACCUAUUAUUCCAGAUUUAGCUGAGUUUGAACUCUGUCUUUGUUCGUACCUUGAAGGCCGCGUACCACAAGAUGGAGAAUCCAAUUUUGUAGAAAAAACCCUUUUAGAUACUUCAAAUUGGCGCUCAAUAGCAUGGCUGGCAUCUCUUUAUGCAGUGUUGGCCUCUGGACUACGAUUUUCGGAACACACCAGCAGUCAAAUACAGGAGAAGACUCAAUUAUACCGUCAGUCUCAUGGAUUCACCCAACCGCUGCAGUUAACUUAGUGGACUAUCUGUAGUUCGAUACUCAUUCCAAUGUCUCAGAAUGGCAAAUUUUCUCGUACGACCUUCAUUGUUAUGUAUCGAGACUAUGUUGAUUCUCGGACAUGUUCUUCAGAACGACACGAAACCCGAAACUGCAUGGAUGCUUCUAGGGACCACCGCUAGAAUGGCCCAGAGCCUUGGAAUACACACACAAAAACACGAUGCCUCUUCAUCAAGCCGAAAGCUAUGGCUAGCUGUCGUAUGGCAAGAUUCUCUGUUAUCCUUAUGCUUCGACAGAAUCCCCGUCACAAGGCCAAUCACGGCAGCGGAAGACCUUCGAGACAGCCUUUCCUACGCAGAAGCCAUGCACUUUCUCUGUGAUCGUACUCUCCGCAGUAGUAGCCUGUGGGCAUCUUCUGAAUCACCAGACUUGGCUGUUAUACUCGAGGACGUAUCAAGUAUUGAGAAAAUUAGAUCAAAAAGCAUUGGUUUAAACGGUAGACCACAUCAAUUCAACAUUGCACAGCGUUGUGAGACUUCAAUACUGAGUUUGCACAUUUCUUUCGUCACAGCCUGGCUAUGUCGUCCAGUACUCCGCAGUCAUGAUCCUACAACACGAACAUCCACCCACUCACAAUUAAUUGAGAAAUGCUAUCAGAAUCUUGUUGAAUGUGUACGAGCAUUUGUGAAACUACAUUCAAUGAGUGUUGUCACUUCACGAUCAUGGUCUAUUAUGCACAAUGGCUUAAGCUCAGCCCUCUUACUAGGUCUUCUGGGCGGUACUGCUCGAGACCCGGAAGUGCGAGAUUUACAAGGCAAAAUUCUAGAAAUAUUUUCCGAGGACCAGGAUGGUACCACUGGAUCAUACCCGGAAACUAAUUCGGAACUCUCUCCACCACACGCUAGAGCUAUUGUUGCGCUCAAGAGACUAUACACUGAGCAUGAACGUAACACCACACAAACUGUGGGUCAUGUUACACCCGAAUCUGGAAAUACUGGAGGAAUUCCGAACGUCGCCACAGGUGCGCGGUAAGUCCCUUUUGCCAAUAAACUGCGCGAGAGGCUUUUCUCACAUAAUCAGAGAGACACCCUGCCCGGAACAAGAGAGGAACAUGAACAUCGACGAUAUAGCUACGCUCCAGCCAGCAUGGUACCAGGGGCAGAUGAGUGAUUCUCCACUCGGCACAUUUGACUCGAUAAUUUGGGAUCCAAAUGAAAUUGAGGGGUCUCUGCCCAUGAAUUGCGAUUAUAAUAUAUCGUCGUUUGAGCCGUGGAUGUAGAGCUUUACUGGAUACUUGUGCCGUAGGAACUUCUUUUUGUAAAUCUUAGUUUCUCUCUGUUGUUGUAUGAUGUGACGCAAAGAGAAGCCUAGAGAUGCUAGCUUGAGUGAUGGUCGGGGGCCACGGUCCCGUUUUAUAUUGUGCAAAUCUAUAAUUCUACUUCUAGAUAUCAACUUUUUGUUGUCUUUGGCUGAAUAUUCUAGGACUUCCAUUCUCCAACUGCAACUUGAGCUCGAACAAGCUUGCAUACCUUGUUUAUCCUCCCACAGACUUUUGUUUCUUUACCGAAGUAGACAUUCUAAGUGAACGCAUUGUAUAAUGACUGUGGCAAGCCAACGAGGUAGUAACUCAGUUUUAGUAGAGCAAUAAUCUUGAUUGAAUGCA